AUGGUAUCAACAAUUCGUGUAGGAAUUAUUGGUGGAUCAGGUUUUGAUCGAAGUGAUAUUUUAUCAAAUCGUAUUGAACAUGAAAUUGUUGAUACACCAUAUGGACGACCAUCAGAUAAUUUAGUUAGUGGAAUAAUUAAUGGUGUUCAAUGUGUAUUAUGCUUUCGACAUGGACGUCAACAUUCAUUUAAUCCUACAAAUUAUCGAGCUAAUCUUUGGGCAUUGAAACAACUUGGUGUUAAUUUAGUUUUGGCUACUACAGCAGUUGGUUCACUUUCUCAAGAUUUUCCACGUGGUACUCUUGUUAUUUUUGGUAUUGAGUUUGUUUUGUUUUUUUGUGUUAUUAAUUUUCAUCAAAGUUUUGAUUAUAAUUUAGAUAAUUUCAUCGAUAUGACAAAGCAUCGACCGAACACAUUUUAUGAUCAUGAGAUCGGUCAUCUUCAAGGUGUAAUGCAUAUGAGUAUGCACCCACCAUAUGAUCGUGAAUUACGUCAAUUAUUAAUUCAAUCAUGUGCUGAAACACCUAAUGUUGGAUAUAAAGAUAAAUCAACUGUUGUUGUUAUUGAAGGACCAAAUUUUUCAACUUAUGCUGAAAAUAAAGUUUUUAUUAGUUGGGGUUGUACAACAAUUGGAAUGACACAAACACCAGAAACAAUUCUUGCCAAAGAAUUAGGUCUACCAUAUGCCUCACUUGGAAUUGUAACUGAUGAUAUCUGUUGGAAAGAAGAUGGUAUUGUUGAGCCAAAUGAGGUUAUAACAAUAUUUAAAGCAACAUUUCCAAAAGCAAUGGAAGUACUUAAACGUACAAUACAAAAAAUUGGUGAAAAAGAUUGGAAAGAAAUAUUAGAAACAAUUCGAAAUCGUACAGAAGAAGCAAUCAUGAAAAAUUAA